AUGCCGAGCUCCUGCAAGGACAUCAGAGAUGCAUUGGCCCAGUGCCUGCAGGAAUCAGAGUGUAUCAUGAUCCAACGACGCAGCCCGCGAGAAUGCCUCAGCUCUCCAUAUGCCGAAGAACUGCCCAUGAAAUGCCAACAGUUGCGGAAAGGAUUCAGCGAGUGCAAACGUGGGCUGAUCGAUAUGCGCAAACGUUUCCGCGGUAACCAACCCAUUUCGGUAUCCAACGAGGGCCAGUCCUCGAAAUCCGGACAACUAUAUGCCGGCAAGCCGGCAUUUGAAACGGUCAAGGAGAUUAGUGGAGAUGAGGUGCAGAUGGACCCUGAGAAGACAAGGGGGCUGUGA